AUGAAUGACCAGUACCACCGAGCCGCCCGGGACGGCUACCUGGACCUGCUGAAGGAAGCCACCAAGAAGGACCUGAACUCGCCCGAUGAGGAUGGCAUGACCCCGACCCUAUGGGCCGCCUACCACGGCAACCUGGACGCGCUGCGCCUCAUUGUCAGCAGAGGGGGUGAUCCAGACAAAUGUGACAUCUGGGGGAACACCCCCCUCCACCUGGCAGCAGCCAACGGCCACCUGAACUGCCUCUCCUUCCUCAUCUCCUUUGGGGCCAACAUCUGGUGCCUGGACAAUGACUACCACACCCCGCUGGACAUGGCAGCCAUGAAGGGGCACAUGGAGUGUGUGCGGUACCUGGACUCGAUUGCUGCCAAGCAGAGCAACCUCAACCCCAAGCUGGUGAGCAAACUGAAGGACAAGGCCUUUCGGGAUGCAGAGAGGAGGAUUAAGGACUGUGUCAAGCUGCAGAAGAAGCACCACGAAAGGAUGGAGAAACGCUACAGAAAGGAGAUGUCAGAUAAUUCGGAUACCAUGAGCUUUUCCAGCUAUUCCAGCAGCACCUUAAGCAAGAAGUUCCAGCACAUGUCUAUGGUGACUUCCCUGCCAUAUUCACAAGCCACCAUCCAUGGCACAGCCAAGGGAAAGACGAAAAUACAAAAGAAAUUAGAGAAGAAGAAGCAGGUGGACGGGACAUUCAAGAUCUACGAGGAUGGCAGGAAAAGCGUGCGGUCUCUGUCUGGCCUGCAGCUGGGCAACGAUGUCAUGUUUGUGAAGCAGGGCACGUACGCCAGCCCGAAGGAGUGGACGCGCCGCAACAUCCGCGACAUGUUCCUCACGGACGAAGACACCGUCUCGCGUGCCAUAAGCGACCCAGGUUUGCACAUGGACUCGGCCCACUCCGAGGUCAGCACCGACUCCGGACACGACUCCUUGUUCAACCGCCCCGGGCUGGGCACCAUGGUGUUCCGGCGCAACUACGUCAGCAGCGGGCUCUUCGGCAUCGGCCGCGAGGACGGCGCCGCGCCGGGCGAGGACGGCGCCGACGGCCUGGGCGUCAGACUGCGGAGCCGCCUGCAGCGCUCGCCAAGUCUCAACGACAGCAUUGGCAGUGCCAACAGCCUGCAGGAGAGGAACGCCGAGGAGCUGCCCUGGGAUGAGGUGGAGCUGGGCUUAGAUGAUGACGACGAACCGGACACCAGCCCCUUGGAAACUUUUCUGGCUUCCCUGCACAUGUUUGAAUUCAUCUCCAUCCUGAAGAAGGAAAAGAUUGACUUGGAGGCCCUCAUGCUGUGUUCAGACCAUGACCUGAAGAGCAUCAAUAUCCCUUUGGGCCCCAGGAAAAAGAUUGUGGAUGCCAUCCAGAGGAGACGACAAACGCUGGAGAAGCCAGAUGUCAUUGUAGACACUGAACUGUAA